AUGGGUGGAUUAGGGAUGAAGGGACGCUUUUGGCACUUUGCUCUACGAAUGUACAAGAGCGGUGUUAUGGCGGCAGAGGAACUCUCGAACGAGGGGGAUGCUUUUAGCAAGAUUCACUCUUCUGCGAAGCAUUCGGCAGACAUCACGGCAGCGGAUGAUUGA